GUAAUGUCGAGUGUGUACAUCAAAGACGAUUCGAUUCAGGUCAUGCGGCCUUACACACCAAUCAAUCCCGAUCCUUACCAGGAUGGUCAUGUCGAUCUGCUCAUCAAGCGCUAUGAAAAUGGUUCUGUCUCACGUAUGUUGUCCAAAGCAGACUUGCACGACGUAAUUCAUGUCCGUGGCCCUAUGAUCGAGUACGACUAUCAACCAAAUUCAAGACAAGAAAUUGGCAUGAUCGCAGGUGGUACGGGUAUUACACCAAUGUAUCAGCUUAUCCAGCAUAUCCUUCACAAUCCAGCCGACAAGACCAAGAUGUGGUUGAUCUACGGGAGCCAAUCUGAAAAGGACAUCUUGCUUCGAGAAGAGCUGGAUAAAUUGGCAGCCGAAAACAAGGAUCGACUGCGGGUUAUGUACCUGGUUGACCGACCAUCCAAAGAUUGGGAGGGACAAGUUGGUUAUGUUUCUGAGGGAAUGGUGAAGUCAUUUAACAACAGUGACAGCAUUAGUCGGCUGGUGUUUGUGUGUGGACCAGACAAGAUGUUGGCCCAUGUUUGUGGUGAAAAGGCCCGGGACUUCUCACAAGGCAAGGUCAGUGGUGUCCUUGGACGCUUGGGAUUGACUUCAAGGGAAGUGUGGAAAUUA